AUGGGACAAUAUGUUAUGAAAACUGAUAGUAUGAACGGUCUUGGUCUCGGAGCGUUUAACUAUAGUACAGGUGCUACGCAAUGGUACAGACUUAGUUUACCAGUGGGUCCUGUGUCGGAAGUGAUACGAUUAGACGUCAAUGUUGCUAAUGUUGGCGAUAGUGCUGUUGACUCGCUAGUAAAUGCUCGUCUUAUUGGACCUGAAGAAUGUAGCCUUUGUGAGAAAAACUGUUUCAAUUGUACUUCAGAACCCAUGUGUCGUGAAACAUGCUCGAAUCCACCAAUAAAUAGUUGCUUGUUUUAUCGCGAGUGUAUGGAGACAAAAGCAAAAUGUGGCUUAACUGGAUAUCCUAUUGAAUAUGGCUUGCAAUAUUGUUCGAAAUUCUUAACUUUAUCGAAUCAAUUUAGUUCUACCGGACAAACAUGGAUCACGAAUACCAUGGCUUGUUUGCAACAAGCUUUAGUUUUGCCAUUGAUGAAUUGCGAUAGCUGUUGUGUUCUGCAACAGAUCGCAUUUAAUUCACAUCCACAAUGUUAUAUUGAUAAUGGUAUUUGCAAUUUGCCUGCAACAGAUUGGGUGUGGAUUGUAACAAUUGUUGGGAAAGAUGUUUUAAAUCGAAAUAUUUUCAUUCAGGCAUUGAAAGCUCAGCCUCAAUGCAUUCCGACCGUGUUGACAGCAAUAGAAGCACAAAUAGCUAGCGAAUCAAGCUCUAUCAAAAAUGCCCUGGCGAUCGUUCAUCAUUGGUUACAAUCCUUGUGA